AUGACCAGUAAUAGUGUUGUCCGUCUUAUUAGAUCCGAUCAAGUUGACAAUGCUCUGGAAAUACGGGUUACCCGUGGUAGAGACAAACCAGCUUAUUACGAUGCAACUGUAACAAAUGAUGACUUUGUUGUAGUUCGUUCUAACGAAGGCAAUGCUUUAGAUUAUGUUGUGCUGAAAUUGAAGACCUCACGUAUUGUUCAGGAGUUGCCUUCUCAAGUUUCGAAGGCGUCUUUUGAACCGGGCCAAAUAGUGCUUGUACCACAUGCUAAUCCUGCGUAUGAUAUGCACAUUUCCGUGCAACCAUAUCCUGAAGAUCUUGUAGAUUGGCUGAAGAGCAGCGGGAGCAGCAAUUCCAGCAAUAUUCCCACACCAA